AUAUUGGCUAGCCAAAGUAGUCACUGAUGCACAAAAUAAGAGACAGGGAAAAGCCUUUUGUUUAAUUGCUUCUUGUUCUGUUCAAGAAGAAAAACAAUGUCUCCUCCUCCUUCUACCAGUUUCUUUUCAGUGGCAAUAGUCUUGCUAGGAAUGAUGCUGCCCCACUCGAAAGCUCAAUUAAAUGCAACUUUCUAUGCUAAUACAUGCCCCAAUGUGUCUAGCAUCGUUAGCAACGUUGUUCAGCAGGCUUUUCAAUCUGAUUCUCGGAUUGGCGCCAGCCUUAUUCGCCUCCAUUUUCAUGAUUGCUUCGUCAAUGGAUGUGAUGCUUCAAUUCUACUGGACAACAGUUCAAGCAUACUCAGCGAAAAGUUUGCCGCUCCCAAUGUAAAUUCCAUUCGGGGUUUCGGUGUUGUUGACAACAUCAAGACUGCCGUGGAGAAUUCUUGCCCUGGUGUUGUCUCCUGCGCUGACAUUCUUGCACUUGCUGCCGAAUCAUCUGUUUCUCAGUCAGGAGGUCCUUCAUGGAGUGUUCUGUUGGGAAGAAGGGAUAGUCUAACAGCAAAUCAGGCUGGAGCCAAUACAGCAAUCCCUUCUCCUUUUGAAGGCCUAAACAACAUCACUGCAAAGUUCUCUGCAGUAGGUCUAAACACCAAUGACCUUGUUGCAUUAUCAGGAGCACACACAUUCGGACGUGCACAAUGUCGAACCUUUAGCAACAGGCUGUACAAUUUUAGCAACACAGGCAACCCUGACCCAACACUAAACACAACAUACUUGACUACUCUGCAACAAAUAUGUCCACAAAAUGGCAGCGGAACUGCUUUGGCCAACCUUGAUCCUACAACUUCAGAUGCCUUUGACAAUAAUUACUUCACCAACCUACAAAACAAUCAAGGUCUUCUCCAAUCAGACCAAGAGUUAUUUUCCACACCUGGCGCUGCCACGAUCACUUUUGUCAAUAACUUCAGCAGCAACCAAACUGCCUUCUUCCAGAGUUUUGUUCAGUCAAUGAUUAAUAUGGGUAAUAUUAGCCCAUUAACUGGGAGUAGUGGAGAGAUCAGGUCAGACUGCAAAAAGGUCAAUGGAAGUUAGGCUAUGCGAUCACUAGAUAGAGGAGCUCAUUGUUUUGGAAAAAAAAAAACAAUCAUUAUUAUAUGAGGCAGAUGUGCUUUUAAUAAAGGAAAGAAAUUAAGUGUUUGUUUUAAAUUAGGGUGGCAAGUUGCAGGAAAGUUAGGGAAAAACAAGUAAUUUAUCAUUGGAACUUCUGGAGUUGUCAAAUAUUUGUUGGUGUUAGCUUUAUAAUUGCUCUUUGAAUGGUCAAAUAUUUCGUUGAUGUA